AUGCGAGAAGGUUCUCCAGUUGAACUUGAUGGCAUGACAAGCACAACAGAUUCCCCAAACACUGAACUUGUGUCUCCUCCAGAAGUUCUUGAGUUGCCAUCCCGUGAGGUCCUCUUACCUGUUGGAGGAGAAAAGACAACUCCAAUCAAGAAGCACGAAGACCACCAGCCUGGGUCUAUACUCGAGCGAGUGUGGCAGGCCUUUGGAGGCUGGGCUAAUGGCAGCAAAAGCAACAACCAGAGCAGCAGCGAAUGUGAAUUGGUUGAGGUUGUUGCACACAAAGAAACUCAGAAACAAGGAAAAACAAAGCAAAAUUUGAAAAGCCAAAGGGUGCUCAUGGAUAAGCAAGAUCAACUGAAUACAUCAACAGAGGAAACCACAGAUACUUCUAAUUCAGGAACAACUACAAAUAAUUCAGGUCCAGGUGAUACAUGUCCACUUAAAAGUGGAAUGCGUGGUAAGAGUAAGCCAACAGCAGCUGAAACCGAAGAUGAAGUAUUGAAUGAUACCUAUAGAUGGAGUGACAGGAAUGAAAUGCCAUCUGUUCGUGGAGGCGUUACUAAUGGCAACCCGCCUGGAGCCCCUCCCCCCUCCUCUAUCAAGCAGUCGUAUCUGAGGGUUGGCGAGGACUGCAUGGUUUACAGAUGCAUGGAGUGUGGUGAAAUUUUAGAAGAAUUUUCCAAUGACGAUCUUGGCUUAUGCAUUAUCAUCUUAUCAACUUUUGUGUAUCGCCAGCCAGGUUUGGCUGCACCACUGCUCCCCAGGAUGCUAAAGACUGUAGCCAGAGUUGCAGGCAGUGAGGUAUUUUCCUGGCAGUAUGAAAAUUGCAUCCAUUUACCAGGUUCUGCCACAAGUAUUGGUAGACAGUUUUUGCGCUGUGUCCUCCAUCAGCUUGCACCCAAUCAAAUAUUUAAUCAGAUAUUUUACACCAAUGUCGAAGAGCACCAGCGACUGCAGCUUUUUAAAACUUUAGCACAGGCUUUGAUGGACUUCAAUGAACUAAAUCCUUCUGCUCCAAUUCAGCUUCUUCUGGAGGAUAGUGGAGGAACUCUGGGUAGUAACAGUGUUGUUGGAGAUCUUCCUAAGAAUGUUCAAGAUAUUCACAAUCUUCCAAAUACCUGUGCUGCUGAGUGUAUGCGCUCUCACCUGCACGACGCUCUUGAAUUCAUUGCUGAUGUCCAUACUCUGACGAAAGUCAAGUCCAACUGUCGCAGCAGUGUUGGUCUGAAUGAAGACACGAUGGGUGGUCUUGUGAAAGCAGGGAUUUCGCAGUAUCUGGCACUUGAAAUCACCAGAGGCAACAGUAGAGACAACAGAGCCAUAGCAAAAUAUCUCCCAUGGCUGAACAAUCCACCAACAGCAGUUCAACAGGGGCCAAAGGAAUUUAUUGACUGUGUGUCACACAUCCGGCUGUUGUCAUGGCUACUGCUAGGUGCCUUGACACAUACAUGCUUGGUUGGAAAUUUUGCCACUAUGGUAUGUCAGCCCAUUCCACCUGAAGCUUCAUGUCACAUUGCUGAUCACAUCCAGGUGAUCUUAGCAGGAUUUGCUGAACAGUCCAAGGCAUCAGUUCUUCAUAUGUCUUCUCUGUUCCAUGCCUUUAUUCUGUGUCAGCUUUGGACCGUAUACCUAGAGCAAGGUGCUGGCAGUCCAGGUAGUGAUAGCUACAGCAGCAUCAGUGCCAUUCUGACAGACUUCUGGGCCAAAGUAACACCUGGCAUAUUGCAACUUGUCUCACACUCUAAAGUGCUCAAGGAGUUUAAUAUAGUCUGCCACAGAUGGGUUAUGUGA